UAUGUUGAAGUUUAUCUCAGUCGUUAAUGUGGAUGUCGUGGAACAGGGAAUGGAUCGAAAUUAUCAGUUUUGUUUGCAUGGUAACACUAACAGUAUAUCCUGGGAUUAAGAUAGACGGAUGUCUGUCCCAGAUUCAUGGUUGUGAGAGAUUAGUGAAGACAAGGCAGAACUGCAGCCAUCAUGGCUAAAUCCUCAGAAGAUGUCCUGCUCAUCAUAAAUGAUGUGCGAUGUAAAAAGACAAGUGGCGCACUCUAUAUGAUGGGAGAGAGGAUGGCUUGGAUGCCAGAGAACAAAAACAGUUUCUCCUGUAGCUAUAUGUAUGAAGAUAUUAAGAGUCAGAAGAUAUCUCCAGACAGCAGAGACAAAGUACAGUUACAAGUGGUGAUGCAUGAUGGAGGGGCCAACACGUUUCACUUCGCUAACCCCAUGGGACGAGAUGCACAGAAACAGGAUAGAGAUGGUGUGAAAGAGUUAUUACUACAGCUUCUUCCAAAGUUUCGGAGAAAAGUCAGCAGUGAACUGGAAGAGAAAAAUCGUCUAUUUCAGGAUGACCCGGUAUUAUAUCAGCUGUACAAAGACUUAGUGGUCAGUCAGAUUAUCACCUCAGAGGAGUUCUGGAGAAAUCGAGCCUUGAAAUUGGCAUCAUCUCAACCCAAAGAAGACAGCCAGAAGCAAACUGUGGGAGUGUCGGCUGCUUUUUUGGCUGACAUCAAGCCAGAAACAGAUGGCUGUAAUGGGGUGAACUAUAAUCUAACAGCUGAUAUCAUAGAAUCUAUAUUUAGAACAUAUCCCAUGGUAAAAAAGAAACAUGCUGAAAAUGUACCAUACAAGAUGACAGAAAGUGAAUUUUGGACCAAUUUUUUCCAGUCACAUUAUUUUCAUCGUGAUCGAACCAGCUUGAGUAAAGAUUUAUUUUCAGAGUGUGCUAAGAGAGAUGAUGAAGAUAUACGAAAAGAAAUUUCCAAAACGGUCAAUAAUUCUCUACUGGAUUUAACUCAGUUGAAAGAUAACAUAACAGAUGAGGAGUUUGGGAAGAAUGGAGAAGACGGCAGAUCAAGUAAUAACUUAGCCAACUUGUCAUUGAUACGAAGGUUUAAUCAUCACUCCACCAUGGUAUUAAAGGCAUGUGAAUCUCAAGGUGAAGGGCCAAGUGCAUCAACGAGUGGACAAGCAAAUGGUGAUAAGGACACUAGUGUAAACAAUAAAAGAAAAGGGAAGCCAACUGAUAAUGGACUGCAGUCAAGCACCAGUGCAGAUACUCAGGCUUCCAACAGACCAGCUGCUAAAAAGGUCAAACUUAAAAAUGCGGAAUUGGAAGAUUUGGUCGAUGAGGGUAAAGUGCAGUCAGCUUCUUUGAGGUUAUCCAAGAUGGAACGUUAUUUGCAUGGCCCCACACCAGUUACAGCAACCACCUAUACAACAGGACAAGAUUUUCUACAAGCUUCUGAAACCGUCUCAAGAGAAAUCAACCAAUGGCAACCUCAGAUUCAACAAAGUUUGUCAGGCACAUCAGCUUUAUGUGUUCUGGGAGAAUUGUCACCAGGUGGCGCCCUCAUGACUACAACAAGCCAACAUCAGUUACAGCAAAUGGUAUCCAGCCAGGUACAGGUGGAGCUGCAGCAGUUAUACAACGCACUCUGUGAACUACUCAGGCACUUCUGGUCCUGUUUUCCUACCUCCAACAAGUGCCUUGAAGAGAAGGUUGUUAAAAUGCGAGCCACUCUGGAGAGAUUUGAAAAUGCCAAGUUACAGCAGUUUAAAGAUAAAAUAAGUCAUAGUCACUACAAUGUAAAUUUACUGGGUCAUAUGGAAGCUAUGCUACAGGCUGCCUACGGCAAGUUUGACACCUGGCAAGCAAGACGACAAAAGAAGAGAUGAGAAUACUGUGAUUUAGCAAAUUUUGACUUCUAAACUAGCAAUUUAGAUUAAUAUAGUUAUAUACGAAGUGUUUGGACCAGUGCAAUUUAGACUUUAUUCAGUGUGUGGACGAUUGUCAGAGAAGAUCAGUGUUUCGAUAUGCCAGACCUUCACUUCAGUGGUUGAGCAAGGUACUGGUAUCAGUUUGGACCAGUGCUCUGCUGAAAAAGCCACAGUCAACCAAUCACAGUAUGACAUUUGGUUUGAAUUCCAAGUAAAAUAAGUACUGUCUGGUACUAUUAUUGACAAAGGUCAACUUUGUGACAUCACAAUGAAACUGCAAGAUCUAGGGUAAGCAGCCACCUCCUAGAGUAACUUUGUGGUCUUUAGAACCACAUGACAGAUCUGUACAGUUUAGCAUGUUUUCAGUGUAGCAUGGUAAAUACUUCUAUAACUGCUCAAGCAAGUCUGUCUCUUCCACUGACAUUUAUGAGGGACCUGCUUGAAAGAAUGCCAAGGCCUUUCACAUUGCAGCCAACGGCGCACACAUCUGGGGAUUGGAGACUCGGGUCUAAGCCAGGUUGACAUUGUUCUCUUGUAUUACACAAAUUCUGCUUGUAUUACACAAAUUUUAAUUUACUCACAAAUUGUCACCACAAAAGUAAGAACAAACAAAAAAAAAAUACACGCUUUAUCCUCCCCAUGGACUCCAAUGGCAAAUCUAUCUUGACCUGAAAAGGACAAAGUCCUUUUUCAAGAGUCCUGUAACUCUGAUUGUCAGUUGUG